ACCCGGAAGCUGUUCAAAAUGAGGCGCUCAAAUCCCGGAAGUAGUCGAGUGUCCUGUCUCCACGCUCGUAGAAAUCGUUGAUAAUACGGAGGCGUCGUGAGGGAGACUGUGUGGACAAAAUCAUUAUCAGCAACCAUGAGUCUGUUAACCAAACCCAAGUCCGAAAUGACUCCGGAGGAGCUCCAGAAACGUGAAGAGGAGGAAUUCAACACAGGCCCCCUGUCUGUGCUCACCCAGUCCGUCAAGAACAACACACAAGUCCUCAUCAACUGCCGCAACAAUAAGAAGCUGCUUGGGAGAGUCAAGGCUUUUGACAGGCACUGUAACAUGGUCCUGGAGAAUGUGAAGGAGAUGUGGACGGAGGUUCCAAAGAGUGGCAAAGGAAAGAAAAAGUCCAAGCCUGUGAAUAAGGAUCGCUACAUCUCUAAAAUGUUUCUCAGGGGCGAUUCGGUCAUUGUCGUGCUGCGAAAUCCUCUAAUCACAGGAAAAUGAACUGUCCAGUAGCUUGAGUCACAGGGUCGGUCCCUUUUUUUUUCCUUUAUGAAAACAUUUUGCUUUAGUUAGUGUUGUUCUGUUUCCCUAAGGAAACAAUACUUUCAUUUGCCGACGGCCGCCUUCUGUGUUUUUCAUUUUAAUAAAAAACAAAUGAUUGGUA